AUGAACGCUCUGAUCGCCGCCUAUGAAGACAUGCCUCCCGUGACGCGGGCCUACACCACCGCCUGCGUCCUUGUGACUCUUGCCGUCGUUAGUACUCUUUGUUCAUGUCAGAAACAGAUGAAGUUAUUCCAGCAACUUGACUUCAUCACUCCUUUCCAGCUUUAUUUCAACUGGGAGCUGGUCUUCAAACAGUGGCAGGCAAAUUUUUAUUUCUUAUCAAGUGCUCUCAUUUAUCAACCAUCAGGUCUGGCGAUUGCUGACGUCGUUCUGUUUCUUCGGUUCAUUUGGAUUCUCGUUCCUGUUCAAUAUGGUGUUCACAUACCGCUACUGUAUGAUGCUGGAGGAGGGCUCUUUCCGUGGCAGAAGAGCCGAUUUCGUCUUCAUGUUCAUUUUUGGUGCUCUCCUUAUGGUCACCAACGAGAUUCUUUUCUUUUUUACUUUCCUCUUGCAGAUCGUUUGCGGAAUAUUCGUUCAUAUGCUUUUCCUAGGCCAAGCUUUCACGAUAAUGCUUGUAUACGUCUGGAGCAGGCGUAAUCCUCACAUACAGGUUUAAAAAAACAUCUGAAUUUAUAUAGAAGCGUAGUUGAAAAAAAGGUAAUUAGAGAAAAAAAGUUGUCAUAAUACCAUUUUUUUCAACUUUUUUUCCAACUCCAACUCUUCAAAAUAAACCCAAAUGGCGCAGAAAAAAAGCCUACGUCUAGGUUCACUUUGUCUCUGUUACUUUUUGGGGAGUUUUCUUGAAAUUUCUUCGACGGGCUAAAUGGAUAUUUUAAAAAGUCACAAUCUGCAAAAAUUCCUCAUUAAAAAAAACAUACUCUUUGAAGUUUAGUACGUGUUUACCGAUGAAAAAAAUUGUUUUUAUUCUAUAUUCUAACAUCCAUUCUUAAAAAAACGGAGAAUUCUUAGAAGAUUGCGAUAUUUAUUAUUUUCUUCUAGUGCAUUAGAAAUUCUCUGAGAAAAUUUCAGAAAAAUUUGAAAAUGAAGUUUUAGAGAAAGUUAAUUUUUAUCAUUACUGGCGAUAAAAGGUUCGUCAGUUAUUUUUUUAAAUUUUCAUAUAGAUGAACUUCUUUGGUGUUCUCUCGUUCACUGCGCCGUACCUUCCUUUGGGUUCUACUUCUUUUCUCCUUACUUCUCGGAAACAACGCCAUCGUUGAUUUCAUGGGUAUUUUUUUCAAAAAUUGUCAAAUAUUUAGGUUUUUUUCAAAAGUACUUCCUCUUAGAGUUUGUGCAAACUUUUAAGAGUAAGAUUUUGAGAAACAUUAAGACUUUUCAUCAUCACAAAGAAAGUAUUUCGUAAGAAUGGAAAAAAAAUUAUACUUUAUCCUCAAACAGUUCUGAUACUAUUAUGAAUCAGUAACCCUCAUAGAUAUUAAAAAGUUAGAAAAGAUGGGGAUGAAGUUUUUAAUUAACCUAAAAACUCCGCUGCGCAAAAAACACAUUUUUUUUUUCUAGGAAUUGCCUGCGGUCACAUCUAUUUUUUUCUCGAGGAUGUAUUCCCUUACCAAGUUUGCUCUCUCCGCCUGAGACGUCACCAGCUUGUUUGCUUAAGGAGCACGGAACGAGGCUGCUGAAGACGCCGCAGUGGUUGGUGUGGCUCUGUGAAGAACGACAGGCCGAGCCGCUGCCUGACGACGAACGACCUGGCGGUUAUCAGUGGGGCGCCGACGAAGAAUAA